AUGUCUCCAGGCCGCCCUGUUCUGCUGCUCCUCGUCGCCCUCAGCCUUCUUGCCCGGAGCGGGGCGUUUUUCGGCUGGUUUACCCGCAGGUCGCCCGGCGGCUCGUUUGCACAGCAGAAGGAGGUGGCCCCGGACCCCCAGUCUCUCCCCAGCGCCCCGUUUGAGAUGACCACAACUGAUGACAAGUUCUUAGCGGAGGCCAAACACCUGGAGCUUUCUCCUCUGGACAGCUGUCACUACAAGGUGGUCAGUCAGCUCAGGGAGUCCUGCACGGACAUGUCUGAAGAGGAGAUCGCAAAACUUGGGGUGUCGCUGUUCAACUGCCAGGCAGAAGUGGAGGGGCGGAGGACGUACCCCUGUACUGAGGACAUGACCCUCGCCGAUUGCACGACGCCCAUGGACCCCGACACCUGGAAUGCCUACCAUAUUGUCAGCAACCGGGCGCGCUCAGUCUGCUACGCCACGCGACAGCUGCACUUCCGCCGGCGGACGGAGCUGACGGUCAACACCCUGGUGUCAACGGCAAUGAACCAGCUGGAGGCCAUGAAGAUGCUGAAGGACGGGCAGGAGGAGCUGCGGGAGCUGACCUCGGAGUCCCUGCAGCGGGUGCAGAGCAGCCAGCAGCACCUCCUGGACCAGCAGGAGCAGCUGCAGAGCAGCCAGGAGAAGAUGGAGGGCGCCAUCGGCGGGAACCUGGAGCUGCUGGCCGAGGAGAAGGCGCUGAUCGCCAGCGGGCAUCACCUGGUGGCCGACAUGAUCGAGGGCAUCACCCGGAAGAUGGAGAAUGUGAGCGGUCACCUGAUGGAUCGCGAUGUGGCGCUGCACCGGGAACACGCCGCCAUAUUGGCCGAUCUCGCGGAGGUCCGGGCCAGAUCUCAUGACGUCUACUCCAAGAUAGAGUCCAACCUGGCGCUGUUCCUGACCCACCAGAACCAGAGCGCGCUCUACUACAACUCGCUGAUGGAGAAGCUGCAGCGCAUGAACAGGAGCCUGAGCACCGUGCUGUACGCCAUGGAGCACCUGCACCGCACCGUGGAGCACCGCCUCAGCUACAUCCAGGGCUUCAUCAGCUGGGCAGGUGGGAACCUGAACGCCAUUUACACGUGUGUGCUACAUGGCGCUUACUUCCUGCUCCUGGCCCUGCUGAUGACCUUCCUGCAGACCCCCGGCUUCUCUCGAGCGCUGCUCCUCGUCCUGAUCGUCCUCAACGCCUUGUCUGAGCUCAACCACAACUCGUCCCUCGGAUUCCGGUCACUUACCGUGUUACUGGCGUGUGCUGUGGGAGGUCACUGGGUGCUGCUGAGCUUCAUUCGCUGCCUUGUGAAGGUGAAGACACGGAAGGUGCCCCCUGCGCUUCCCGCUCCUCUGCACCUGCCUUCCAAAGAGAAGGACCUGGGAUUUUACAGCUCAACUCCUGAAAAGGUGGAGGAGGACACCCUAUUGAAGGCGGAGCUGAGGCAGCUGCUGGACGACAGCUACAUGGAUGAUUCUGUGCUGGGUAACGAGCCUUUGGUUAGAGAUGUGUCCAUUGUGGCGUCCCCUGCACAUCUGGACUGGAAGCUGCAGCCGUGUAUGAGGACCCCGCAGCAUUCCACCCCCGCCAUGAAACUGCGCCGGCUCAGCAUCACCAAUUCCGUCCGGGGACACGACAGCCCCUUGAAGCUGGGGGCGACGGACAGAACUCCUCUGCGACACUUGGGGGCAGCGUUCGAUGCGUUGGAGUCCAAACCUCAAAGUCCGAAUUCCUCAGUCUACAGUAACCUGUCGGUGUCAUCAAUGUCUCCACGUCAGUUCUGUCAAGCCAUCACCAGGGCCGGCCAGCCGUGCAGGAACAAGGCCAGCGGAGGUCAGGAGUUCUGCAGGGUCCAUGCCUCAGGCCAGACGUCCUACGUCGCAUCCUGACCUCAGCGGAUCUGGACAAGAUGCACUUAUCCUGCUGUGGGGUGGACAUGUCCUCCACAUCUUGGAGAACAGCUUCCAGAUCAUGGCUUCUCCUUCAGGGCCUGGAGCCACGUGGCCCCUGAUCUGGGCCCUGGGGUGCGCGGACUCGUGUGGGCUGGUUCCUGCAGUCUCUCUGCUGUCCUCGCUG